AUGCCUGACGAGAACAGGCUGGACAAGGGCGACGAGGAGAAGGUGUCGGGGAGACGAAGAAACCGCAAGUCGAGCAGGGGAGAGAGAGAGGAGGAGACGAGAGGCGUGCGACGGGCGAGCAACAGCAGGAGGGAGGCGGUGAUUCAUCAAAAUAGAUUACCCCUGGCAGUGGCUUUUGGACGAAUCCUCGGGAGAGAGGUGACACGCCGAGGUCCCCUGAAAUUAGUUAGUGGGCGCCUGUCACUGGCCACGACGUUGCGUGCUUGGCGCAAAACGGGUGCAAAUCACAUCGACAACCCCGAUUUCGAUGUGGUUUGCAAGCUUCUCCAUCGCAUCAGAUCUCGGGCAUCCGGUUGUCGGUUACACCUUAGAUGA